UCAACAAAAUUCCGUGCCAUCGGAGAAGUACGAUUAGAUAGUGAGCAGCAUGCCGAAAACAAUCAUCGUCACCGGAUUUGGACCGUUCCGGGGCCACGAAAACCGAAACGCCAGUUGGGAAGCGGUUCGACUUCUGCCCGACGUGUUCCAUUUUAAGGACCAACCGUUCGAGCUGCGCAAGUAUGAAGUUCCCGUGACUUACGAAGCUGUGGAUCGCCUGGUUCCGCUCAUUUGGGACACGAAACCCUGUCUUGUGGUGCACGUGGGCGUGCACGGUCACAUCGACACGAUCAAUCUGGAAUAUGGCUCGUACACAACUGGCUACUGUAAGCCAGAUUUCGCUAACCGUUGUUUGCCGUGUGAUAAGAUAUCUCUGCGUGGUAAAUCCUCUUCGGGCGAGGAAUGCGUUGCGUUAACAACCAACCUGGACAUCGAACGAAUCUCGCAGGAAUUAAAUCUCGAGACCAACACCAAAUGCUACUGCUCCACUGAAGUUGGAAACUACCUCUGCGGAUACAUCUAUGUUAAAUCCUUAGACGUGGACCCCGACCGAACGCUGUUCAUACACGUGCCAGAUAUUGGGAAGCCGUAUAGCUCGGAAGAAACGAAAGCAACCAUUUACCGGGUGAUUGAGAAGUGCAUCAGGGAACUGUCGGCUAAAAACAAACUUUCCUAAACCGGACCGGAAGAGCUUCGUACUACCUCUAUGAAAUUUGUUUUUGAUGUUUUUAAGCCGAGUUUAAUUUAUUCUUAACUAACACUCUGCUUUUUCCUAGCGAAAAAUAAAAGUUUCACUGAAUUGUAUCUUA